AUGUGUUUAAUCUCUCCUUUUGCUCCUCGUCGUCUUCUUUCGAGAUUCGUUUCUCUCGUCCAUCGUCCCGCCUCAUCUGCUUUUUCCACUCAUUCCCGUCUUUCUCAAACCACUUCCUCCCCUUCUUCUGCUUUUCUUCCCCAUCGCGCCUUUCCAAAUGAACCGCUGGACGAGCUUUUCGACUUUUUCAUUGAAGAUCAAAAUACAAAACCCUCUGUCGCUACCUACAUUCCCACCCGCGGUACUAAAAUGAUGGAUCCCUUUGAAUCUUAUUACCCAGUUCAUAUGCCCCUCCCAAAGCCCGCGAAGAGGUUCUUUCAAGAUGCUCUUGCUCGUCACCCUCCCCCUUCGCCGUCAGAGGAUGCAAAUCAACAAAUCCUUUCUGCCGGUGCUCCCGUCGAUCUCGGCGUCCAUCCUCCUCCAAAACAUCCUGAACAAUUCUUUCUCGAUCUUCAGAAAUCCCUUUCUCAGUCCGAACAAGAGGCCACCGAUCUCAUCGCCUACCGCCAUCAACUCCUCACUUGCCAAACCAGCUUCCAGCUCCAUCAAACCUUUUUUACCCACUUUGUCCCGCGACUCUCCAAACCCGCUGCUUCUCCCGAUACUCCCUCUUACUUUCCUCUUUCUCGCGCUCUUCGCGAUUCCAUGCUUGUCGCCCGCCUCAAUUUUCUAGAUCCCCUCCUGGCUCAUUCUUUCUUUUCCCAUGUCAAACAUACUAGUGUUUUUGCUUACGUUCAAGCUUGCACCACCCAGGUCUAUAAUCAAACCCUUUUGGCCCUUUGGCAAGCUUCUCAAGAUCCUUUUACUCUGCUUCGGCUCAUCGCCGAAAUGGAAGCCAAUGCCCUCCCCUUUGAUUCGGAAACUCGUCAAGUCUUUCUCGCCAUACACCAACAAAUCUCCUCUUGGCCUGCCCAUGCCCUUCCUUCUACCUCUGCCCAACAUUUGCAAAAGCUACAGAAAUUCUUACAUACCGAGCUCAUCUUGUAA